AUGAGUAGCGGGAUGUACGAAGAGAGAACUCCAGCUCCUCAGCCCGCUCCCAGCUCAGCCCAGCCAGCCCCAAACCAGCCCCAGCCCGCCCCAGCCCCUGGCUCCAGCCCAGCCUGCCCCGCCCAGCCCCCAGCCCCGCCCAGUCUGCCAGCUGCCCAGCCCAGCUGGCUCAGCCCUGGCCAGCUGGCCCCAGCCCAGCCCCAAAGCUCCGCUCAGCCUCAGUCCCCAGCCCGGCUCCAGCCCCCAGCCAGCCUGGGCCCCAGCUCCUGGGCUCCAGCUCCGCUCAGCCUGCCCAGCCUGGGCUCAGCCUGCUCAGCCGCCUCAGCCUGGCUCAGCCCCAGCCUGCCAGCCCCGCUCCAGCCUGCCUCAGCCUGGGCCUCAGCCCCUGCUCAGCCUGGGCUCAGCCUGCCCAGCCUGCCUGUCCAGCCCUGCCUCGUGCCCCAGCCUGGGCCCAGCCUGCUCAGCCUGCUCAGCCCACCAGCCCCAGCCCGCCUGCGCCUGCUCCGCUCAGCCCUGGCUCAGCCUGCCCAGCCCGCUCAGCCCUCUGCCUCGCUCAGCCUGCCAGCUCCUGCCUCCCAGCCCCUGCCUCAGCUCCGCUCAGCCCUGCCUGUGCCUCACCAGCCCCAGCCACUCAGCCCGGCAGCCUGUAAGCCUGCCCCAGCCUAA